AUGCCUGAUACUUCAUUAUCGAAAACAACUCUUCCAGAAAAUUAUCAACAUAAACAUUUAAUUCAUUUACAUGUAACUAUGAAUACAUGUAAUAAAUUAGAUGAUUUAUAUCCAUUAUUAUCUCAUUUACCAUGUUUACGCUAUCUUUAUAUAGCAUGUGAUAGUUUAACCUUGUAUGAUUUUGAAAAACUUGCAUUAGAACUUAGUACACGUGUACCAUGGUUACAACGAUUCUCUUGUUCAUUUAAACAAACAUAUAUUAAAGAUAUAAAACAAUUACAUCGUAUGAAUCCAUUAUUUCGUCAUAUGAGAUGUAAAAAAGUAGAAUGGAGUGGUGGAUGGCAUUAUUAUUGUGUGACAACUGAAAAUAUCUAA